AUGGUUAGUCAUCGAUGGUUACGACCGCGUCUUAAUUCUAACGAAGCUCAUCUCGAUUCAAUUGAUAAUCAAAAGGUCAAAGUAAUAAAUGAAUUCAUUAAAUGGAGGCGCCACUUGGUUACAUUAAUACAUGGCUUUGUUCCACAAAUCUUUUAUUGGAUCGAUUUUUGCUGUAUUGAUCAAUAUGACAUAGGACCGGCUAUACCAUUGUUACCACUAUGGGUAGCAUGUUGCGAACGAUUUUUAAGAAUUGAAACUCCAGAUUACUCGAAAAGAGCCUGGUGUAGAUUAGAACCAUUAUUAUCAUAUGUGUUUCAAUUUGCUAAUCAUCAUACAAUCAUUCGUCUAUAUUUCAAAUAUUCAUCGGCGAAUUUUUGUUAUGGAAAAGAAAUCAAUAUGCUGAUUCUCGAUCCAUUGGAAGACAAAAGUACAGAUCCCAAUGAUUUAGCAAGAAUCAAACCCAUUAUUGACUUAACGAAAACUAUUCAGAUUGAAAAGAGACGUGAGAAAGUUGAUUUCGGAAAGGCAACGAUCAAAUGUUUUUUUAUUAUAAUUAAAAAUAAACUCGUACAUGAAUAA